AUGUUUAUGACGCCUAAGAGGAGCAAAAUGGAAGUCGACGAGUCUCGGGUUUUCCGGGCCGAGUGGACCCAGCGUUACUUGGUGGUGGAGCCUCCGGAGGGCGAAGGGGCCCUGUGCCUGGUCUGUCGCCGCCUCGUCGUAGCCACCCGCGAACGCGAUGUCAGGCGCCACUACGAGGCCGAGCACGACUACUACGAGCGGUAUGUGGCGGAGGGCGAGCGCGCGGCCCUGGUGGAGCGUCUGCAGCAGGGCGACUUGCCCGUGGUCACCCCGCUCACUCCCGAGGAGAGAGCCGCCCGUGCAGGCCUCGGGCUCGCCCGCCUCUUGGCCUUGAAGGGUCGCGGCUGGGGUGAGGGGGACUUUGUGUACCAGUGCAUGGAGGUGAUGCUGAGGGAUGUGCUGCCCGAACACGUAAGCGCUCUGGAUGGCGUUGAUUUAUCGCCAGAGGUCACGCGGCAGAGGGUCCUCAACAUUAACAAGAAUCUACGCAGUCAGCUUUUUAACCGAGCCAAGGACUUUAAAGCCUAUUCCCUUGCCUUGGACGACCAGGCCUUUGUGGCCUAUGAGAACUACCUCCUGGUCUUUGUCCGUGGCGUGGGCCAGGACUUGGAGGUACAAGAAGAGCUUCUGACCAUCAUCAACCUGACUCGUCACUUCAGUGUUGGGGCCCUUAUGGCGGCAAUCCUCGAGGCCCUGCAGACGGCAGGGCUUAGCUUGCAGCGAAUGGUUGGACUCACCACGACCCACACGCUGAGGAUGAUUGGUGAGAACUCAGGACUAGUGUCAUACAUGAGAGAAAAGGCUGUAAGCCCCAACUGUUGGAAUGUUAUCCAUUAUUCAGGAUUUCUGCACUUGGAACUGUUGAGCUCCUACGAUGUGGACGUUAACCAGAUCAUAAAUACUAUAUCUGAAUGGAUAGUUUUGAUUAAGACCAGAGGCGUUAGGCGCCCCGAAUUUCAGGCUCUCCUCACUGAAUCUGAAUCAGAGCAUGGCGAAAGGGUUAACGGACGGUGUCUGAACAAUUGGCUUAGAAGAGGGAAAACUUUAAAACUGAUAUUUUCCCUGAGAAAAGAGAUAGAAGCCUUCCUGGUUUCGAUAGGGGCCACAACGGUCCAUUUCACAGACAAGCAGUGGCUUUGUGACUUUGGCUUCUUGGUGGAUAUCAUGGACCAUCUUCGAGAACUCAGUGAACUGUUGAGAGUUAGUAAAGUCUUUGCUGCCGCUGCCUUUGACCAUAUCUGUACCUUUGAAGUUAAGCUGAGUUUACUGCAGAGACACAUUGAAGAAAAAAACCUAACACACUUUGCGGCCUUCAGAGAAGUUGUCGAUGAGCUUAAACAGCAUCUUAAAGAAGAACAAAAAAUAUUUGAUCCUGAUAGGUAUCAAGUGGUGAUCUGUCGCCUGCAAAAAGAAUUUGAGAGACAUUUCAAGGACCUCAGGUUCAUUAAAAAGGACUUGGAACUUUUUGCGAAUCCUUUUAAUUUUAAGCCUGAAUAUGCACCUAUUUCAGUAAGAGUGGAGCUAACCAAACUUCAGGCAAAUACUAACCUUUGGAAUGAAUACAGAGUCAAAGACCUAGGGCAGUUCUAUGCUGGCUUGUCUGCCGAAUCUUACCCAAUUAUCAAAGGGGUUGCCUGUAAGGUGGCAUCCUUGUUUGAUAGUAAUGAAAUCUGCGAAAAGGCUUUUUCGUAUUUGACUCGAAACCAACAUACUUUGAGCCAACCCUUGACAGAUGAGCAUCUCCACGCCCUGUUUAGGAUUGCCACAACUGAAAUAGAGCCGCAUUGGGAUGACCUUGUGAGAGGAAGAAAUGAACCCAAUCCAUAG